GCUGCUUCGCCGUCUCAAUCAUUCCUCUCUCUCUCCGGCCGGCGAUCGAGGAAGACGCAGAGGGAAGCGGCAUUGCAGCAAUGGCGAUUUCGAGGUCGUCCGCCUUCGCGCUCCUCGCCUUCUUGCUGGUUUUACCAACGGAACACGGAUUGGAAGAUGGCGUCGCCGUCGGUGCCGUGGAUGACCCAGAAUUGAUAUCAUCGCAGGUGGCCAUGCAAAUAAAGAACAGCACGGCACGGCUGUCGGAGGAUGACUCGUCGACGUGCGGCACCGGGAACCCCGUCGACGACUGCUGGCGGUGCGACCCGAAGUGGCACAGGCACCGCAAGAACCUGGCGGAGUGCGGGAUCGGGUUCGGCCGCAACGCAAUCGGCGGACGCAAGGGUCGCUUAUACCACGUGACGGACCCCAGCGACGACGACCCGGUGAACCCCCGGCCGGGCACCCUCCGCUACGGAGUCAUCCAGGAUGAGCCGCUGUGGAUCGUCUUCCAGGGCGACAUGGUCAUAACGCUCUCGCAGGAGCUCAUCGUGAACAGCUUCAAGACCAUCGACGGCCGCGGCGCCGACGUCCACAUCGCCAACGGCGCCUGCAUCACCAUCCAGUUCGUCACCAACAUCAUCAUCCACGGCCUCCACAUCCACGACUGCAAGCCCACCGGCAACGCCAUGGUCCGCAGUUCCCCCUCCCACUACGGCUGGCGCACCAUUGCCGACGGCGACGGCAUCUCAAUCUUCGGCUCCAGCCACAUCUGGGUCGACCAUAACUCCCUCUCCAACUGCACCGACGGCCUCAUCGAUGCCAUCAUAGGCUCCACCUCAAUCACCAUCUCCAACAAUUACUUCACCAACCACAACGAGGUGAUGCUUUUGGGCCACAGCGAUUCGUAUAAAAAAGACAAGGUAAUGCAGGUGACCAUCGCAUUCAACCACUUCGGUGAAGGGCUAAUUCAAAGAAUGCCGAGGUGCAGGCAUGGUUACUUCCAUGUGGUGAACAACGACUACACUCACUGGGAGAUGUACGCCAUUGGGGGAAGUGCGAACCCUACUAUAAACAGUCAAGGCAACAGAUAUCUCGCACCUAAAAAUCCCUUCGCUAAAGAGGUGACCAAGAGGGUGGGAACUCCGAAGGAAGAGUGGAAGGAGUGGAAUUGGAGAUCAGAAGGGGACCUCCUAGAGAACGGGGCCUACUUCACCCCGUCAGGAGCUGCUUCCACUUCGAGCUACUCCAAGGCCUCGAGCCUCGGGGCCAAGUCUUCCUCCAUAAUCGAUUCCCUCACCGCAGGGGCAGGUGCCCUCAAGUGCCGUAAAGGAUACGCCUGCUAGCGCUGCUCUGCUCCCAACCGGAACAAACUGCUUCAAGGUUAUGGUUUUUAUCGUCUUUAGUCUUCCAUACUUGUAUUCAAAUACAAGAAAAAGACAUGAAGCAAAAACAAAACACAAAAUUUGUGGACAUGCUGAAUGUUAUGGAGAACCGAUGCUAUUUAUUCUGAAGAAUUAUUUACAUCCAUGAUGGU